AUGCAUAACAAAGAGAAUGAAUAUUCUAAGAAUAUAUCUGAAUAUAAAUCGAGUAAAAAUAUAUACAACUAUGAAAAAAAGACUAGCAUUUUAAAUAAUAGUAAUUCAGAUAUAAAUAGUUUGUACUCUAUAAAUAAUAAAUAUGUUUUGAAGUCACAUUGCAUAAAUAAUACAUUUAAUAAUAAUAUUUGUAAUGUAAAAGUUUCAGAUAAAACAGAGUAUAAUAUCUUAGGAAAUAAGUUUCUUGAAAAUAAUUGUAAUACUAAUUUAGAAUGUAGAAAGAAAAACAAUGUUUAUAACUUAAAAAUUAAAAAUAGCAUAGAAAAUAAAACUAAUGAAAAAGGAUUAGCAACAAUAAAGGAAAACUAUAACUAUAUAAAGAAAUUUAAUAAUAACAAUAAACCGAAAGAGUAUUUAUUUUGUUUCAAUCAACAUGGAGUAGAAACAAAUAAUUAUACUGCAAAAAGCAGUCUUUAUAAUCAUAAAAAUAUAUCAACAAACAAAUUUAACAAAGAUUUCUUAAUAAGUAAUAAAAAUUGUGUAGAAGAAGAUAAGAAAGCCAUUACAAUGUAUUUGAAUAAUUCUACUAUAAAUGAUCAUACAUAUUCAUAUAUAAAGACAAAAAUUGCAAAAAAUAAUAAUGAUAACCACAUUGAGAAAAAUGAAAAAUAUCAUACAAAUUAUGUAAAUUUUUUUGAAGAUUUUGAAUUUCUAAAUUCUCAGAAAAAUAUAUUUUCAAAAAAAGAAAAGGAUAACAAUUAUAAUAGUAAUAUCAAUAACAGCAGCAAUUUUAAUAAUAACAAUAAUUAUAUUAAUAACAAUAGCUACAGUACUACUACUAAUAAUGUAAAUAAUAACAUAAAUAAUAACAGUAAUAAUAUAAAUAAUUAUAUAAACAAUAAUAAUAAUAAUAACACGGAUAGUAUUUAUUCCGAAAAAACAUACAACAAAGAAAAUGGUAAAAUUGUAUCUAAUGAAAAUAUUACACCUAUGAAUAUAAAUAGAAGCAUAAUUAUUAAUUGCUUAUUAGAAAUUAAAGAAAAGUUAGAUAAUAUCAAAAAUGAAAAAAAAGGGUACGAACAAGGUGAAAAGUAUAUUCGUUAUCUAAAAAAUUUUGAGAAAAUUAAAAAUAUGUAUUCAGAAACCAGCACAAGCAAAAUACAAAAUAAAAUUACAAGUAAAAUAAGUUUUGAUAAAGAAAAUAAAAAAGUUCAAGAAAUUGAUAUUUUUAAAAAGAAAGAAAAAAAUGCACCUUUUGUAAGCAUAUUUGAGGAAAAAAAUAAAAUAGAAUAUUUGGAAAAAAUGAAAGAACAAGAAAAAAAAAUUGGCUUUUCUAAAGUAAAACAGAAUGAAAAAAAAAUUUUUAAAAAGAAAGAAAUGGAAAAUAAUAUAGUAAUAAAAAAAGAUUUUUUAGAAAAUGAAGGAAAUAAUAUAGAUAAAGAAAAAAAUUUUAAUAAUUUUGAUGAAGAAGAAAAGAAUUUAUUAAAAAAGUAUGAACAAUCUGAAAAAAAAGUUUCAUAUAAACAAUAUGAUAAUUUAAAAAUAUUUAAAAAAUUCCAGAGCUCUAAAUCAGAUUCUUCAAAAAAUUCUCAGAACAGAAAUCAUGAAUGUAUCAAAUUAGAUUUUUUUUGUAACUCGAUAGAUAAUGAGAGUAAUAAAUUUUCAAAAAGACUAUACACAGGACAUAAAAUUUAUGAUGAUUUAGAUUUAAAUUCAAAGAAAGAACAAAUAACAGAAGAAAAUAUUCAAAAGAGUGUUACUUCAAGUUCAAGAAAAAUAAUAAAUUCUUAUAAUUAUAAAAUAUCUGAAUAUAAUGAUAUGUAUUUUGAUAAGAACAAAAAUUGCAUGGCUUAUAAUAAUAAGUUAAAUGACAAUUUCAAUUGUUCAAAUAAUACAAAAGAGAAAAUAAUUCGUAUGAAUAAUGAAAAAAAUAUAAGAAAUGAAAAAAUUAAAAAGAAAACUAGUAAAGGAGAAAUAGUAUAUGAUGAAAAAAACGUAGGCAAAAAUUUAUUCAUUGACAAUUUUAAUUUAAAUAUGAUUUCUGAUAUUGAAUUAAAUUAUAAUAAAUUUCCAAUUGAAAAAAGAAAUUCACAUGACAUUAAUAACCAGGAUAGUACAACAACAAAUUACAAAGAAAAUUGCAUUAAUAACGAAAAUGUAGUAUACGAUGAAGAAAAAAAAAUUUUUAAAACUAAAGAAAACUCAAAUAUAAAAAUUUACAAAAGAAGCUUAGAAAAAGAGAAAAUGCUAAAUUUUCCUUUAAUUCAUUUAGGAGAAAAUGAUGUAAUAGUGAAAAGAAUAAAACUUUAUUAUCCUUUAAAAAAUGAAAAUAUUUUCACUAAUAUAUCAAAAAUUAUUUUUAUGACAAAUACAAAUAUAUGCUCACUUUAUAUAAGUGAUUCCUUUUUAAUUAAUUAUGAUGAUUUAAAAAUUCAUUCAUAUUUAUCUAAAGGGGGUUUUGGAGUUGUAUAUAAAGGUGUUCUAUUGAAAAAAGUUAAAAAGUGCGAAGUUAUCUUAAAUAAAAAGGAAGAGAAUCAAGAAAGUAAUGAGUUUGAAAAAAAAAAUGAGCGAGGAGAAAAAAAAGAAUAUAGAGGAGAAAAUGAUUAUGAAUCAGAAGAUGAAUAUGAAUAUGAAGAGGAAUAUGAAAGUGAAGAGGAAUAUGAAGAUGAAGAAGAGUAUGAUCAUGAACAUGAGGAGGAAAAUAAAGAACGGCCCGAAAAUAAUAAACAAAAAAAAGUAAAGAAAGUUUGUAAUAUUGAAAAAAGAGAAGAAAAAGGAAAGAAAAAAGAUACUCUCGAAAAUGACGAUAAAGAAAAUAUGAGAAAAUUAUCAGAUAUAUUUUACAAAGAAUGUAUAGAAGAAAAUGAAUUUUUUAGCGUUAUCAACAAUGAAGAUAAUAUUAAUUUGGAAACAAAAGCAAAUGAAAAAAGUACUAAUAAUAAUGAUUAUAAUAUGAAACAGGAAAAAAAAAGUUUUAACAAUGAUACACAAAAACUAAAUAAACAUAAUAAAAAAUUAUGUUAUCUAAGAAACAAAUUAAUAGAAAAAAUUUUUGACGCAUUAAACAGUCAAACGAAUCAAAAUGAUUCUAGUACAAAUAAUAAAAAUGGAAGAGAGAAAUUUGAUCAUAAAUCAAAAAGUACAGAAAAUAAAGAAAAAUAUAUUAUUGAAAAUGUUAUAAAAAAUUUAAAUGAAUACAAAACAAAUAGCUUAAAUAUGCAAAAAUAUGUGGAGGAUUUUAAUAAAGAGAUUGAACAAGUUAUUUUAGGAAAUAAGAAUAGUGUUAAUAUUUUUAAUAAUGUGCAUAUAGAUAUUUUAAAUAAAAAUAUAGAAAAGAAUAACAAGACAAUAUAUAUUAAUGAUAAUGAUGAAACAGGGUUAAAUAAUAAGAGAGAAAAUCUGAAAAAUAGUUCAACAAUAAAAGAAACAAAAAAAAAUGACUGUAUUCAUGUUCAUGAAAUAAGGAAGCUUAAAAAAAAAUUGUUAAAAUUUGUUUAUUCAAAUAAAAAAAAUGAUAAAAUUAAUAUUGAUAGAAACGAAUUUUUUAAUGAGGCAGAGAAAAUAAUAUGUAAACUUAAAAAUAUAAAUAAAGAUGUUGAUAAGAGGUAUUACGAAGAUCUUAUAGGAUAUUUGUUAUUAGAUGUAUAUCAUAAUAAUGUUGUUUAUAAAAAUAAUUUUAGCUUUUUAUAUCUUAAUAGUAAAAAUAUUAUAACAUUUGGAUUACAUAAAGAAGGCUUGUAUAUAUUUGAUAAAAAAAACAUUUUUCAUUAUUAUAGUGAUAAAUGUAUAUUUAAGAUUAUUUUUCUGGAAGAGAAUAAAGAGCUGGUAAAAUUUAAAAAUUUUACAGUUUAUAAUGUUUUAAAUAAUGAUAAAAUUAUUAAUAAUUCUUCCAUAUUAAAAUAUGAGAUAAAUAAACAUAAAAAAGGCUUAAAUAAGUUAGCAAUUAUUCCAUUUAGUAAAUUGAGUAUUAAUCAUUUGUUAAAUGCUUUAAUUUUUAGUUUUUUAAAAUUUCUUUUUAAUUUAAGAAGAAAAUAUUAUAAGCAAUCUAAAAGUUGUCCAUGCUCAAUUGAUGGUAAUAAUAUCAUAAGUAAUAUUAUUAUUGAUAAUAAUAUUAUAUACAAUAAAUACAACAAUAAAAUUAUAAAUAAUGACAAUAAUUUAAAUAAAGAAAGUGAUUCCGUUUUGUUAUAUGAAAAUAUUGAUAAUUUGGAUAAAUUUUUAUAUUGUGAAUAUGAAAAUUCUGAAUUAAUUAAUAUAACUAACAGAAAUGAAAAGAAAAUUUUUUUAAAAAAAAGUGAAUUAGAUAGCAAUAUACAAGAUAAUGGUGUUGAUAAAUUAGAUAGAAAGAGUUUGAUUAACAUGAGUAAUUGUAUUAUUACUAGCACUCUACUGAAUACAAACAAUACUGAUGAAUCAAAAACAACCAUGCUAUUGAAUGUAUCAAAGAAUAAAAACAUAUCUAAAGAAUAUAUUAAUGAAAAAGAAUAUAAUUAUACUCCAAGGUUAAAUGAGAAAGAACAGAUAAAUAAGGAAUCGAUUACUAAAACGGAAUUAAAAAAAAAGAAAAAGAAAAAAGAAAAGGAAAAAGAAAAUGAAAAUGAAAACGAAAAUGAAAAUGAAAAAAAAGAGAUUAAUAUUAGCCAAGAAGAAUUCAUUCAUGUGAAAAUACCUGUAGCUAUUAAAAUACACGAUUUAAAAGAUAGUAAAAAUUUAAAAAAUUUUUUAAGAGAAAUAGAAAUAUAUAAAAAUAUUCAAUAUCAAAAUAUAUGUAAAUUUUAUGGAAUAUGCAUAAAAUCAAAUAAAUUAAUGUUAUUAUUAGAAUAUUAUCCUAAAGGAAAUUUAUUUAAUUUUUUAAAAAAUAAAAAGAAAAUUCAUAAAAAACAAAGGUUAAAAUGGGCUACUGAAUUGUCUUAUAUAGUUCAUCAAUUACACUCACAUUCUCCACCAAUAAUAAAUGGAGAUAUAAAAACAUCAAAUAUUUUAAUUGAUAAUAAUAUGAACUUAAUAAUGUGUGAUUUUGGGAAAGCUCGUUUUAAAAAUUCAAAAUUAUACAGCAAUUUUGGUUCAUAUAGAUAUAUGGCCCCAGAGACAUUUAGCUGUACAAUUGAAAUAACUGAAAAAAUUGAUAUAUGGAGUUUAGCUUGUUGUAUUGUAGAAAUAUUUUCAAGUAAAUAUCCUUUUUAUAAUUUUUCAAAAAAUGUAAAAAUUCGUCAUGAACUGUUAGUUAAUAAGAGAACUCCACAUAUACCUAAUUUUUUGCCUAAUUCUAUAAAACAAAAUUUGCAAAGAUCUUUUAGUUUUAUUCCUGAAGAAAGACCAAAAGCAUAUGAAAUAUAUAAAUCAUUAAAAAAAAUUAAAGUAGUAGAAUAA